CGACACGCCCGCACCCUUCUGUGCUCCUAGUAUCUUGUCUUGUAAACACGCGAAUUAAAUAAAAUAUUCGAAAAUAAACAAAUGUGCUAAGGUCGAAAUGGUCGCAAUAUUGUCAAAUCCAAAAUGGAGCGAGGACCUCACUAUCCAAAUGAUAAUUGAAUACGAAAAACGGGAGUAUCUGUGGAAUCCUGUAUCGGAAAACUACAAAAACAAAAAAGUCCGUGAGCAGGGAUACGUGGAGAUAAUUAAAACGUUGAAUUUAGUGGAUGUGACUGUUAAGGAGCUAAAAAACAAGAUAAAGAAUAUACGAUCGUCGUACAGCGUCGAGCUGAAGAAGAUUCGCGCGGCUCGAAAGGCCGGCGCGCAUGCGUAUCGGCCGAGUGUCACGUGGUUUGAGCACGCAGACAGGUUUCUACGGGCGAUCGUCACUCCGAGCUCUGUAGACAACAGUCUGCUGGAGAUAUCGAUGAGCGACGAUAGCGAUGCCGUUCAAGACCUCAGUGAACGUAAGUCGCCGGAUAAAAAGACCCCUCGAAAGCGGCGGAACUCGACACGCUCGUCCACCCCCUACGUUCUCAACACCCCCUCGCCGCGUCCGACUACACCCUUCGGAAUCAAUCAAACUUCAUCUCCGUUUGGACUUUUGCCGAGCUCGACUUCCGCAUCGUUCCUAAAUCCACCUGUCGGUAUUGCGACCCCGCUGACGACCUCGCUCGCAACUAUCUAUCCCGUUCCCACGAAACAAAAAAAGAGCAAUUUCGACGAGAGAAGCGACCUUUCCGAAACUCCGCAGGAUCUGAGCCAGCACUCGGAGAACGGAAAUGAAAACGAAUUCGAAAUGUUUGGCAAAUUGAUUGCGAGCCAGCUACGUAAAUUGCCUCUGAGCUUGGCACUGGAUACGCAAUUAAAGAUACAGACGUUGGUAAAUGCGGCCCGGAUACAGGCCGUUUAUCAGCAGUACAGUUAUGCUGGCCCGUCGCAGGAGGCGCUGUCGGUGCAGGCCCUCUCAAACGGGAUCUUGGCGAGUAUGACGUCGCAGAGCCCGUUCGCGACCCGCUCCCUAUUGGACUUGAGAAACGAUUCCCCCAGCGAUUUAAACAGGGAAUGCAAAAAUGAAUAUUCUAUGGGCUCGGAAGUCGAUGAGUAAGAAUAUUAUGUAGGAUUGUUGUGAAAGCUAUAUUGCUCAUAUAACAUUUAUUAUAAGUAAAGUUUAAUAAUAUCCUUUUGAAUGCCUGUGGAGCUUCGGACUUUCAGGGCUAAAUCAACAAAAUUAUAUCCGUAUUUCGUACUUAAAUUUUCUCUCGUCGCGUCGUUCCGAGAAGCUGAGACCGUUUUUAAUCAAAAUCAAUUUUCGAGUAGACAUCUGAUUUAGUCUGGGGAAGUUCCGCUGUGGAAAAGAUGUUUAUAAUCGCAACUGUAUACAUAAUGCCAUGCAAGAUCACAUAGACCAUUAUGAUAAUGGUCUAUGUGAUCUAGCUAAUUUAAAACGUAAAUGACAAAAGUAUACUAUAGAGUACAAAUUAUAUUUUACAGAAUAUACUUAAUGAGAAAUAUCUUCAGUGUUGAAUAACGGUCUACAAUUCAAAACUCUACGUAUCUAAACUCUAAGAUCUCAAACGUUUGGCUGUGUUUUUUCUAAUUUAAUGCUAUAUAUUGUUUUGUCAGAAGUUAUACGUAUCAAAUAGUAUAUUUAUUCCAGAUUGCCAUAGCACAUAGAUUUAAGACACGAGCAUUUAACUAGAUUACCUAUGCCUCUAUUAAUAUCUCUUUGUUCCGUAAUAAUCAUUGAUGCUACUGUUUUAUUGUUCAUCUGAUUGUCAACGUGUUUUUUUAUGCAACUGGAGUCCAGAAAUAUUGCCAGGAUGGGGUAAAUAGUUGUUGUAAUUUAAUAAAUAACGAAUUUAUUUUCGGUGUGAUAUGUUUAUUAGUAGUGAUAUAUUACGUGAAAUUGUGAUUAACGUUUAGGCUAGUAAUAAAAUACCUCAAAUAGAUUAUAAUAGAAUAUAUUUAUUCGUUAUUCGGUGUGCCACAAUU